GUUAAAAAUUAAUCAACAAAGCAGGCGUUAAAUUUUAGAAAGAAAACCUUUAUCAAAUCGGAAAACAAUAAAUUUUGUUCCUGCAAAAUGUUUAAAAGUUUAAUAAUAUUGACUAUAUGUGUUAGUUUAACUCUAAUCAAGGCCAAUGAUUUACUUAAUUAUCGUGUCUCACCGAAAUUUUUAAAACCUUUAAAAAAUGCACCUAAAGAUGAUAUCACCCUAAGUAAGCUGGAUGAAUCUAUAGCACAAAUAUCCAAUGUUUAUACACAGGCACUAUUUUCGGGCACCCACACACCCGAAUUGGAAGAACGUAUGCAUAAAUUCGAAAUUGAAUUAUUUGAUCAAUUGGAUGAGCUUUACAAGCAGGAAAGACUUAAGGAUUAUAUGAAAUAUGAAGCCGAGGUUACGAAUCGUUUGAUAUUAUAUAAUAUGUUGAAGAAAUUAUUCGGUACAUUGGAGGUGGAUAAGAAAAAGAAUUGAAUGUUUUGUUCCAAAGAACGACAAACUGUGAUAUUUGAAAUUCCUAGUUCCUGUAUUGAAUUGAAAGAGAAAUUUUGAAUUUUAA